UCAUCUCUAUCAGCUUUGAGCAAAAUUAGUAUCUUGUAUUGGUCAAACAGACAAGCGAGCGAAGGCCUUUUUGUUGUCGUUUCUCGCAAUGAUUUAGGUCUUCAUCAAGUGUUUUAAGCUAAGCGUAAAGUUUCACCCAUCGCUGGACAUGGAUAUCCUGGACAUCGAUGAGGCACUAAAGGAUGAUUCAUAUAUAUUUCUGGCGGAUAAGACUCACGACGAUGUCUCCAACAUAUUGCAGCAAUGGAAGACGAACAAUCAGCAUCAGCCGCCGUUGCAAAUGCACUUGCAGUACAACAACGAGGCCUUCAAAAACAAUUCGAAAACCUUUACCCGCCCCAAGCGCAGGAAUCUGGAUUUCAGCCAAAAUGGAGCAGGAAAUGAUAGCGGAGUUGGACCGGGAGCGGUCUCGGCCACCCCGGCAAUGCUCCAGUUGGAAAUUGGCGGCUUGGUCACCACGAACAUGCACAAAUCCUUCCUGCAAGACACAUCGCCACCGUCUUCCAUAUGCUCCUCCAUGAAUACAGAACGAAUGAACAACUCGUUAAUCACCUCGGCAGACUUUACCAACCUAAACUUUCUUCAAUCAACAAUUGGUCUGGAUCAGGAGCCAAGCCUCACGACAACGUUAACCAACCAGACGACAGACAACAUGGGUAUGGGCGGCGGCAUGGGAGGAUAUACGCUCAGUGAUAUGAUCCGGGAUCGAAAAGCGCUGGAGUCGCUGACCAUGUGCGAGGACGAUGGCACCCUAAUCAAGGACUCACACAUCGGACAGAUUGACGAAAUAUCGUUGACGCUGAGCAAAACCGCCUCCGGAUGCAGCACUAUGGACAACAGCACGGAUAGCAUGUCUAUACCCUUGGCAGCGGAUCGAACGAUGCCCGCUGUGAUGCCUGUAGUUUGUACGGCUUUGCAGCGUACAAUGAUCCUUGGAGAAGAGAUGAUCGGCGAUACUACGUUUAAUCUGGUGGAUAGCCUUACAACCUCCGCCCUGCAGUCAGAGUCGGAAUCUCUGCCAGUGGAUGGAAAUGCGACCUUUAAGAGGCCAAACGUCUGUGUUGCUCUAGGUGACGAGACCCAGCUUUUGACUGGUCGGCAGAUGAACGCAACAUUUACCGACGGCUGCAAUACUCCAGAAGGCCGAUGUGAAACGCCCGAGAAUAUUGACCGAAAGCUGGCUUUGCUCACCAUGGAAUCUACACCACUAACCACAAAUAUGCGCUCCCACUGUUACUACAACAAUAAUAAUAAUAAUAACAAGGCGGGAUAUACGCCCACCCUAAAGGGUCGUGGAGACAUGAAUCUUUCGCCUAUUGUUGGUGCUACGCCGCAAAAACCAAUGGGAGCAGGAACAGCUCGGCUUAACAAUACCUUUGAGCCCGCAGCCAAGACAGCAGCUCCAUUUAAUGGCGAAAAAUUCGUGCUGGACACCAUGGAGCUCUUAGAGCAGAUCGAACAGCCGCUGGAUGGCACUUACAGCCUGCAAAUGUCCGAACAGCACAAACAGAUGCAGUGCGUUAUGGACCUGGCCGCGGCGGAGGUGGAGAUGUUGGCACAGCAAGGCGAUGAGGAGCAAUUCGAGCACAUGCUUGCUGAGUUAGGCAAGGUCAACACUUUGAACGAGGAGCAACUUAAAAUGCAAAAGUCGUUGGACACCAUCAAAAGGCGCUUUCACAGGGAUGAGCCAGAGGCAGAGGGAAAGGAAGAAGAGCAGUCACAAUCGACAGUCGAGAAAGUUGAUACCCCAGUUCUCAAUCAAAGCCAAUCUAGCAGUAACAGCAGCGGAGGUGGUGGCGAACGGCUGCUUAGUCGUCGUAGUCGCCUUUACGACGACGUUAACUUAAGUGCUAUGCACGGCAGCAAUGGUAGCUCGGCCAGCGGCAACUCUGCUUCAUUUAUCGUCCAGCGGAGAGAUAUGCCGCACGUAGAGCAGCCAAUACCCGAACCUGAUCCCGAGCCAGCGGAGCAGCCUUUCAAGUCCCAGGUGGCCGUGGAGACUGACCCGUCUAGCUAUAAGCUAACGGAGCGCAGGGAGCGGGAUAGGGAUCGCUUUAAGACCAUAAAGAUAUCGAAAGAUAUCCGACUGCAGCAGGAGAUUAUUGUGCCUUGUAUUGACGAUGAACCGCAGCAGCUCGAGGAUGAGCCACAGGAAUUGGUAGAAGGUGUUCAGCCAGAGCAGGAGCAGCGCCAGGGUUCCCCACCAGGUCGGCUAUCUCGCCGCGAUCAGAACACAGUAUUUAACAAGGCAGAGGGUAGUGCGAGUAACUAUCUGACCUACAAAAAGCCCAAGGAAAAGAGCUUGCUACAACGACGUCCGUUGCAGCACGAAUCGCAUCCACAAACGGAGCCAGCGCCUGCCUCGACUCUUCCCCAGCCCCGCUCCCUAUCACGGCCUCGCUACAUCAGUGGUCUACAGAAAUUUACCACUGUGAGCAAGGCCACUUCCGCCGGAGCUGGAUUGAACGCCACUCCAGCCGCUACAAUACCGGCCAAUGUUGCAGUGCCGGCCUCCGGUAGCGGAGAACUAAAAAGUCCCAUGGGCAUUAAAUCCAAAUCGUUCCACAAUUUGUCCUCCACGAUGAGCGGCACUGGUGCUGGAGCCUUGCCAAGGCCUAGUUUGGGUGGUGGAUUGCGUCGACCGGGGACGCAGCCUAGCAAACUGAUGAGCGGAUUGCGAGGCCCAACGCAAGCACAGGAGGAGGACUCUGCUGUAUUUAAGGUACCUAAACUGGUAAGCGGACUGCGUGCUCCUGGUGUUGCUGGUCCGAAACGAGCAGGUGCAAAUGGACUGGCACGUCCUUCAUCUGGAUAUUACAGUCUGAGUGUUAAAACGGCUCCAGAGGCAGAAACUCCAGAGAGCCUCUCCUCAGCCUCCUCGCGUGGCAGUCUUUAUGGCCACAAGGACUCUGGUAGACCGGUAAACGGCGGAAAUGUUCCUCAACAGAAUCCACAGCAGAACUUCGACUUGCAGUCGCUCACCUCGAAGCUUACCCAGGUGACAACGGGAGGCACUGGCAUACCAAAGCCCUCGGGUCUACGACCACCCUCGCAAAUGAAGCGCAGCGGUCUGCCACGACCCUCUAGCAUUGUUAGGCGCUGAGAGUUGAUAACUUUCUCCGCCACCGAUUGUAUGCAUAUGUCACAUCCCCCGCCCGUACCGAAUUUCCAUGUUAUCCAUAGUCUAUCAUUUUUGUACUUUGUGUUUAGCUCUCUUAUUGUGCGUUUAUCAACCCUGCCGCCUACAAGCUCCACUUGCCUAGUGAUUACGAGGCACUAGCAACUAUGUUUAUGAAUUAAUAUUAUGAUAAAUUAUGCAUUUAGUUGAACGAUACAGAAACAGAGAACUUUGCGACUUGUAAAACAAUUAGGUACCCCUUAAAAAUCCCCUACAUUUAUACAUACAUAUAUAUAGACAAAUACAUAAAACACGAACUUUGCCUUACGAAUCAUGAUAAAAACAAACAAACGAUUGAGGGGAAGAGAUAGAAGAGUUGAGUUAUAAGCGAGAAAUGAUAAUAACUGUAUAUUUUUGUAAAACCGAUGCAAAAAUUCUACGAACGUUAUUUUUUGUGAACGCACGUAGAGAUGCGGCGAAAUCAAACAAAAGCAAAUCGAAUAAAUAUUACUAAUUAAAAACAAAUAUAUACAAUAAGAUCUGCUCAGUGGCCACGAAACCACAAAAAAAGAACGAAAGAAACCAAACUAAAAAAAUUGAUAGUAACUGAUAAGAGUAUUGAGAAACGUGUUAUAAAAUCGAACUUACAAUAUUAUCUAAUAUUAUCGCAUAUAUAUACAAAUUCAAAAAGAAAAAGAAGAAAAUAAACGAUAGCAAUAUACAAUGUCUCAUCUGAAGGUUUAUGACCUAUUUAUAUUUUGCUAUUACUAGCUCCGAAUCCAAAAUUAUUAUACUCGUAAUUUUUUGAGGUGCAGAGUAUAUUACUAUUCCCUUGAUAUCCUAAAAACAAAAACAUAAAAAUACUUCUCGGCCCUACUUAUGUGCUAUAUACAUAAUAUAUAUAUACAUUUUUGUAAACCACCCAAGAAAACAUUCUGUUUUUAGUUACUUUUAUGUUGCCAAAUUAAAAGGAGAAACUAAUCUUUUGUUAGUUACCAACGAAAAUUUUUCUUAAUAAAACUAUGCCGCAUUGUGCAGAAAAGUA